CUCUGCUAAUGAUAUAAUUUCUGUUAUGAACCAGACCAGGGGACACAUUCAGCUUAUCCAUCAAACAUGCCAUUGUCCCCUAAAAAACAUUUGACACCAUAUGUGUCCCGUACUACCCAAGCAUCUAGACUGCGUUUUCUAGACAACACAUGUGAUAGUAUGGUACAGGCAAGAGAUUUCCCUCCAUCAGAAUUUUCUGUGUUGGCUACUGAUGAUGACGUGCCAGGCCCAUCCUUUGCCUCAAGUGAAAAAGUUGUUUCCAGUUAUAUGCCAUCUUCAACAGAAAACCAUUGUUGUGCGUUGCUCCACGGUUUACAAGAGCUUAGAAAAUCAAAUACACUUUGUGACUAUACAUUGAUUGCUGAUGGACAGAAAAUUGCUGUUCAUCGUGCAGUAAUGGCAGCUUGCAGCGAUUAUUUCAGAGUAAUGCUGACAGGUUUCAUGAAAGAGAGCCGGGAGGAGUUUGUAGAGCUGAAAGGUGUUACAGCUGGUGGUUUGAAAGUGGUUGUAGAUUUUGCAUAUACCGGGCGUCUUGAACUUACUACAGAUAAUGUUCAGGAGGUGUUGUCUGCUGCAUCACAUCUGCAGGUAAGUGUGGCAGUGGAACUAUGCAGUAAAUACUUGGAAAUGGCUUUGACAAACUACAAUUGUACAGACAUUUUGAACCUAGCACAGAUGUACUCACUUGCUUCUACACAGACUAAAGCUUUACAGUACAUGAUGGAUAAUUUUGAGAUUGUAAGCUCAUCCGAACAGUUCAACAAAUUAACCCACACUCAGCUGGCAACCAUGUUAAAAGAUAACAGCCUAAGAGUGCCAUCCGAAUUUCAUCUUUUUAAAACUGUCCUGCAAUGGAUUGACCACGACAAAGAUGAUAGACUACAGUAUCUGGCUGAACUUAUGAGAAACAUACGUCUCCCUUUGUUAGCAGGAGAAGAAUUAGUGGAAAAAGUUAGUAAAGUGGAUAUGAUGAGAAGUAACCAGGAGUGCAGUGACCUAUUAACACAAGCCAAAGACUACCAUAUAGUAAUUGGCAAACAGCCCAUGCUACAGACCUCCCGUACACAAGUUCGAUCAAACCACCCCAGCAUCGUCAUGUCACAUGCCCAAAAUCUGGAAUGCUACACAUUCCAUAACAAGAAUCAUGGCUUCUUGAGGGAUGCACCCAUGCCCCUGUUUAAUCCCAGUGUGGCUGUGCUCGACAAUUUCAUGUAUGCUUGUGGUGGCAAAUAUGACAGCACUGAAAACAAUGAAAUCGCUACAGCUCGUUGCUUUAGAUAUGAUCCAAGAUUUGACAUCUGGUAUGAGCUGACUUCAAUGAAUGAAGCCAGGAAAGACUUUGUGGUUGUGGCUUACAAUGGGAAGCUGUAUGCAGUUGGUGGCCAAGAUGAAAAUAUGGUGAUGUGUACUGUUGAAUGUUAUACAGUGGCCACUGAAGAUUGGGACAUGUGUGCUUCUAUAAGCCACUCCUGUUAUGGACAUGCAGGCGCAGUGUGUCGGGAUAAAAUUUAUAUAUCAGGAGGUCAAAGAUUUUCAGGCUGUGCUAACAACAUGAGCUGCUAUUCUCCAGCAUUAAACAUCUGGGAGGAAAAAGCCCCAAUGUUAAAUGGGCGCUGUAAUCAUGUCAUGAUGGAGGUACAGAAUAUGCUUUAUGUUAUUGGAGGAAACAUAGAGGAUAGCUAUGGCUUCCCAGUGCCAAUAAUUGCUAUGGAGUUUUACAACCCAGAAACAGAUCAGUGGUCUAUUUGUAAAACCACUUGUAACAUCAGAGAAGCUGGCGCUUCAACACUAAAUAACAAGAUUUACAUUGUUGGUGGCAUAAAUGGGGAACAUUACUACUCAGACCUACUUCAGGAAUAUGACCCAGCUAAAGAUGUUAUGACAAUAGUAGAUAAAUUUUCAAACAGAGUUUAUGGAAGAGCCUGCUGUAUUCUUACACUGCCUCAUUAUUUAUCAGGGAUAGGCCCCAACUAGGAAUUUUAAAUUAUUUUAAGAAAUAGAUAAGAUUUUACUUUUUUAUCCUAUAAGUAAUAAAAAAAUAUCACAGUACAGCCCCUCCAUCAAAUGCAUUGAGAUACACUUUAUAAUUUAAAUUUUACAAAGCGAUUUAAAUCGUUAAAUAUUUAGAAAUGUUUUUAAAAAUAUUUAAAAAACAUCAUGGAAAAUUUAAACAGCUAAUCUAGGUUACUUUAUAAAAUAAUUUUUUUUGUCAUUUUAAGUUAAAGGUUAUCAUCAUUUUGCAAAAUAGCUGAUAACUUUUUUUGUCAGCCUUUGGUUUUUAAACUUCUAGCCAUCAUGUGAAAGGGGAGGGCAAAGGCUGCAUUACAAAAUCAGGGGUAUUUUAUUUUGUUUAGUUUAAACAAAGUCUGGGUUCUUUUCUAACAUAGUCAUGCACUGCCAAACAACAUUAGCUCAUUGCUUUUGGCACUAUUAUUUUUAAUAAAUAGACAAAACUUUGUGGUGACCUUUAAUAAAAAUGAAAAAAAGUACAUCCACACUACAUAACAAAGUUGAAAUAUAUAUCCUAUUUUGUAAUUAGAAACAAAUGGCCUGUUUAAAAUAUGGUUUGGCAAUAGGAAAAAAGACAAAUUUCAACAUGUCAGUAGUAAUUAAGUACUGUAGCUGUAAUUGUCAGUUUUUUAAUUGAAUAACCACAUCUGGUUUAGAAAUGCAAAUAGUUAUUUUAAUCUAAUGUUGUUAAUGUGAGUGACAGCUGUAAAAAAUUAGCAAGGAUAAUUUAUUUAUAACUUUAUGUUAUGGAGUGUUAACAUUUUGUAAAAUCAUAAACUAAAUCUUGUCUUAAACUCUUUUUUCAUGUGAUGUAAUAUCUUAUUUAUUGCCUCAUUAAUUUAUAAUUGUAAAUAUCUUUCUGUUAAAAUUCCAAAUAAUUUCAAGUCAUAAUAUAUGUGGUGAUAAAAAUUAGGCAACUCAAGUUAUCAUAAAAAUAAGCUGCCAACUCGAGAGUAAAAUCUGAAUGAAACAUCAUGACUUUGGCCAGUUUGUAGAAUAUCUCUGUAUUCACAUGGCUGCAGUUAUCACCUGAAGUUAGCUACAAUUGGUGUCCAAGUAUUCAGCCAAGGCUAUACAUCCUUGAUACUGAAAGUUUUUAUAUUUAAAGAAUUUAUUGUUUUUUCCAAACUGCUUCUAUUUGCAUUUGAACCAAUUUUUGCUUGCAUUCCCCCACAGAUAUAGCAGGUUAGAUUACCAAUAUUUUUCCCUUUGUAAACAAUGCUGCUUCUUAUUUGUGUCAAGGUGAUAUUGCAAAAUCUUUUAUCUUAUUUCUUGAAUGUAUAAAUAGUAUAAUAUAAAUAUACAAAUGGAAUAUAUUAAAAUAUGUCUGUUUGAUAGUUGCUGUGUGUAAACCUACAUUAGCUUGCCACAAGGGAUAUUUUAUACUCAGCCUGCAUUCACUUAAAUUUUAUGUUGAGCCUGGUAUACUAAAUAUGUCAUCACAAAAACAUUUACUUGUGUAGUUCUGUUUAUAGUUCUUUUUACAUUGUGUAAUUUUUCUGUUGAUUAUUGCUAUCCAAUAUGUACAUUUUUGUCAUCAAAAAUUACAAUGAACACUUGGAUUUUACUUAAAGUUAGUUUUACUGUU